AUUCACGUGUAGUCAGCCCCGUGCCUCGUUUAGUCCUUCCUAACAAGCAUCCCUCCUUAGCUCUGCCAUCGCUCACGCGUCGCCUCUGGCCACAUACUUAUGGCUCCCAGGGCCUGGGAUCCUGGCGUGCGCUCUUGCACUCUUAGAACUGGUUAGCUAUCUUUCCUCACGGCCAUGGCUCCUAUCACCAGGAGUGGUCUUGCUGCGAUUAUAAAGGGCAGGCCACUUCGUAGUCAGACCCUCGACCGUUGGGUUUCACCUCCCGCUCCGACUGCUUCUCCCACACCAUCCGCUCCUCCUGUGCCUCCCGCGCCUCCAGUGCCCCCUGCUCUUCCUCUGGCAUUGUGCUUCCGUGUCGCCAACUUCCCCGAACCUGAUGCCGAUUUCGACGGCCUUGUCGAAGCGAAAGUGGAUGCUGCGGAUGCUGAUGACGAGUCAUGUGAGGAGCAUGACGAGGCCGAGUGGGAUGGUCCGGUCCCUGAAUACCCCAGUGGAAGAAAGUCUCGCAAGGAUUGGGAGCCAAGUCAUGAUGCUUCUUCCCCUUCCCCCCGCAGCCGUCCUACAAAGGGCCUCCGCCGUUCGCGCACAGUCAAAGAGAAGAUCUCGUGGCUCGACUACAUGGCUGCGCACGGUCUCUCCGUCCGUGUGACCACCAAGAAGGCCAACGCCCAGCCGGUUUGUACUUGCUAGUGGCUUCGGGAUCGCCUCCAUUUGGAGAAGGCAGAUUUGUGCCGCAAAUGCCUUCACGGCGCUGGUAGGCAGUCUCUCAACCCUGACAUGGAGAUUUGGGUCUAUCGGAAGCUUCUUCAUCAUCACACUCGCGACCUUCUUGUCUCUGUCAGUCUUCUUCAUCGCUGGAGCCUGAACUACAUGGCCAAGAAUCACCCUGCCAUGGACUGGAAGGCCUCGUCGCACUGGUCUUAGAGGAUGCGCGCCAAGUGGGGCUUGUCGGUCCGCGUGAAGACCAAAAUUGGUCAGAAGCUUGCCGACGGUACGUAACGCAUGGCAUGUGUUCUGUCUUAUGGUGCACGCGCAAGUAAUCACUUCCUCUAUUGUAAUGUUAAUGAGAAUUGGUUAUUGGGUCACACCAUCCGUCCAAGAUCCUGCUGCUACUAAUCAGUCCCCCAAUUGUUCCCACCCCCUCCCACCCGCCUUCAGACAUCAAGCCGCUCGCGAAAUCGUUAUGGCGGUUUUGCCGCAAGAAGAUUUUCAACCUUGCCAUCCCUCUGCACAUGAUCGUCAACGCGGAUCAGACCGCCCUCUUCCUGGAGAUGCCGCAGGAGCGCAUUGUCGACCACAAGGGGAUUAAAACUGUGCACGUCCAUACGACGGGCUACGAGAAGGAAAGAGUGACGGUCAUGCUCGCAUGCACCGCCACUGGAGCAAAGCUCCUCGCGUACAUCAUAUUCAAGCGCAAGCAUCCCUUGAAGAUCCCCGUCCCCAACAAUGUCGUCAUCCGCGCGCAUCCCAAGGGCUGGAUGGACGAGAGGCUUGUCCAAGACUGGAUCACGAAGGUCCUGGCCCUGCAUGUCAAGCCGCCGCCGGGGAGGCUUCGCCCGCCAAGCAUGCUGGUGCUCGACUACUAUCGCGGGCACCUGACUGAGGGGAUGAAGCAGACGAUGCGCCUGUUCAAGAUUAUGCCGGCGGUCAUUCCAGGGGGCUGUAUUUCUGUAUUGCAGCCGCUUGACGUGUGCAUCAAUCGGUCUUUCAAGGCUGGCGUCCGAAUGGAGUACAACGAAUGGUUCAGCAGAGUCAGCAUCAACACCUUCACCCGCACGGGGAAUCUCAAGAAGCCCCCUCCCGAAGUGGUGAUGCGCUGGGUCGGCAAAUCCUGGGCCGUCGUCCCAUGCGAGCUCAUUCAGAAAAGCUUCAAGGUGUGCGGCAUUUCCAACGCACUCGACGCCAGCGAGGACCAUCUCAUCCUCCACCAACUGAAGGAGCAGGCCCCCGAUGAGGUAGACGUCAGCGACUGGGGCCCCUCGGUGCUGAUGGGGACAACAGCACCAUGCGCGAUGAGGCAGAGGAGGAUGAAGUCCUCCCCGAAGAUGACAAGCUGCCCGAGGAAGAUGCCGGUGAAGCAGACGUCGGGGGCCUGGACGACGACCCAUUCAGCAACCGUGAUCGUGCUCAUGCUGAGAUGCUGAACAAAGAGACUGUGCCAGAGGACGGCGAGAAGCUGCUUCCCCGCAUGACUACAGCACAGCGCGUCUCUGCCCAGGUCGAGAUUCCCCGCAUGAUAGUGACGGCGGCUACCCCGAAGAGCUGACGUGGGAUUCAAUGUUGGACUGGUGGAUGUCUCGUUAGAUAGUGCUUCUAGAGUCGUGUGUGGUUGCCAAUAGUUAUGUCCAUGUAGUUUAGUCCUUAGGUCCAUGCUUGUGUGCUUUUGCGUGCCUAAUGGAACUGGCUAACUGUGGGUUGGGCGAUUCGUUAAAAAAAAAACCAAGGGGGG